AUGGGGACUCCUGCGUUUCCUAAUCUUGGCAAGCAUUGCAGCGUUGAAGAUUGUAGGCAGAUUGACUUUUUGCCAUUCACCUGCGAUUCCUGUCAGCAGGUAUUUUGUUUAGACCAUCGGAGCUAUGGCAGACACCAAUGUCCAAAUGCCAACAAAAAUGAUGUGACGGUUGUCAUUUGUCCUCUCUGUGCAAAAGGGGUUCGCCUAAUCCCAGAUGAAAACCCAAAUAUCACUUGGGAGUCUCAUGUAAAUAUUGAAUGUGACCCAACAAACUAUGACAAAGUCACAAAGAAAAGAAAAUGUCCUGUGCCCGGCUGCAGAGAGAUUCUAACAUUUUCAAACAAAAUUAGGUGUAGAGAUUGUACAAUCGAGCAUUGUUUGAAGCAUAGAUUUGGACCAGAUCACAAAUGUCCUGGACCUAAGAAACCAGAACCAGCAUUUCAGUUUAGCAGCUUUUUGAAUAGAAGUGGAAAACAAGAGCCAUCGAGGCAGGGUUCAGGCACAACUUCCGGUAGCUGGACAUCAAGCUUAUGGAAGGCAGCUUCUUCGGUCAAGGCUACAGCUGAAGCUGGAAUGUCAAGAAUAAGCAACGAAUUCAAUCAAGUUUUGCAGACGAAGAGCAGUGAUGGUAGUAGCAUCAGCCAGGGUGGAAGCAGUAGUGCCAGGCAAGUAGAACAAUGUCCACAAUGCAACUUGCGCUUCUCAUCCGUCGCAGACUUGAUAAGUCAUGUGGAGAAAGUACAUGAAAGGAAUGGUGUUAUGAAGGUCACAGUUGACGUCUGCCCCAAGUGUAGUAAAGGCUUUCGUGAUCCUGUGAAACUCGUCGAACAUGUUGAGAGGGAACAUGCAGGCUCUUCAAAAGCUUAA